CUGUCAAGCAGCUCAUAUCACGCACAAAAAAAAACAACGCGGAAGCGGUCAAACGCAAAACACAAGCUCUCCAAGCAAACGGAAGGUAUUUACUAGAAUUGCUACAAUUGUGGCGCUUGAUUUGUGUUUCCACCCUCGCAUCUUCAUCGCAUCGACAUGUCGAGUACAUCGCAAAAGCAUAGAAAUUUCGUAGCGGAACCGAUGGGCGAGAAACCCGUCACAGACCUUGCCGGUGUGGGCGAUGUGUUGGGCAAGCGGUUGGAAGCGGCAGGCUUCGAUCGGGCGUACACGGUUCUCGGGCAGUAUCUAAUCCUAAAGAAAGACGCUGAGCUUUUCAAGGAGUGGAUGAAGGACACCUGCGGAGCAAACUCGAAACAGGCGGCCGAUUGUUACCAGUGCUUGAGCGAUUGGUGUGACGAAUUCCUGUAAAUUGCAAUCAAUCAGUUGCAUUUAAGCGCAUUUUGACAAACGGAUAGCAACGCAGAACGACAGGA